AUGAAAACUGCAGUAUCACUCAUCUUUUUUGCUAUUUUCAGUGCAGAAGUUGCGAUUUCUCAGAGAUAUGAUGGUUAUCCAUAUGAAGCAGAUUUCCUGGAUAUGGAUCCUGAUUCUAUUCUGGAAGAAAAUGCCAUUAUUACAGCGAAUGCUACGUGCGGCGUAGAUCGUAAGGAAUACUUCUGUCGACUUGUUGAACAUGCUGAUGGUUUUAAUACAUACGAUGGUCGGCUUUAUCGGACACCAAGGCAAGUUUUAACUUACAGCCAAGAAGCUAAGUCUUAUCGUGAUCCAAGUGGACAAUGGGUGCAAUGUGGUUAUUGCGAUGAUAAAGAUCCUAAUCUGCGGCAUCCAAUCGAAUAUGUUCUCAGCGGUGAAGCUAAUUUGUGGUGGCAAAGCCCAUCUUUGGCGCAAGGUUUAAAAUAUCAUGCAGUGACAAUUACUAUGGAUUUUCGUCAGGUAUAUCAAAUUGUUUAUGUUCUUCUACGUAUGGGUGAUAGUCCAAGACCAGCUAAUUGGAUAUUAGAACGUUCAAUAGAUGGUGAUACCUAUUAUCCAUGGGUAUUUUUUGCUAAAACUGAAUAUGAUUGUAAAAAGCUAUAUGAACCAUUGAAUAAUUAUCGUCCAUUAACAAUAACAAGUGGACCAAGACCAUGGCAUUUAGGUGAUGAUGAAGUUUAUUGUACAACAUUUUAUAGUCAACCACAAGCAUUACAAUCAGGUGAAAUUAUUGUCACUCUGACAUUGGAUCGUGAAAGUACCAUUUCAACGGAAUCCGGUCUUGAAACGCCAAUCUCAUCAAAAUUAAUUGAUUUCUUAUCAGCCAGAUUUGUACGAUUACGUUUUCAACAAUUACAAACACUUUCUGGUGAUUGGAUGGCUAUGCCGAAUCAAUUAGAUAGUUCUGUUUAUAAUAGGUAUUAUUAUUCAAUUCGAACAAUUAAAGUUGGUGGAAAAUGUGUAUGCAAUAGUCAUGCUAGUCGAUGUGAACAAAAAACAAUUGAAGGUGUACCUCGUGCUGUAUGCGACUGUCAACAUAAUACAUGUGGAAAUAAUUGUGAAAAAUGUUGCCCAUUAUUCAAUCAACAACCAUGGCGUCCAGGAAGAAUAUGUGAAGAAUGUAAUUGUAAUCAAAAGGCGGAUGAAUGUGUUUAUAAUCAAACAGUUGCAAAUUUACGUUUAAGUAUGCGUAAAGAUGGUGUACUAGAAGGUGGUGGAGUUUGUAUAAAUUGUCGUGAAGAUACAACUGGUGUGAAUUGUGAAAAAUGUAAACAAGGCUAUUAUCGUCCAUUAAAUAUACGACCGGAUUCAUCAUUUCCAUGUAGACCAUGUGAAUGUAGUACAUUUGGUUCAACUGGGGAUUGUACAUCGAAUGAUGCUGAGAUACCAGAAAGAUAUCCUGGUGAUUGUAUUUGUAAAGAAGGUUAUGCUGGUCGACGUUGUGAUCAAUGCGCUGAAGGUUAUCAACGUUCAAAUAUUGAUCCACAAUUAUGUAUACCAUGUACAUGUGAUAUACGAGGUAGUCAUCGUGGUCCAGGUUAUCAAUGUGAACCACCGUGUAAUUGUAAAAUUAAUGUUGAUCCAGACUCACAUUGUAAUGCAUGUCAAAAAGGAUUUUUCAAUUUAGAUGUGAACAAUCCUGAAGGUUGUCAAUCAUGUUAUUGUUCCGGUCUUACUGAUCAAUGUACCAGUGUGACUGCAUCCACUGCAAUGAUAUUAGAAAGUAAAGGAUUACUUGGUCCAAUUACUACAUUAGAUAAUUGGAAAAUUAUAAUACCAGAUUUAACAACUCCUGAUACAAGUUACAUGAUACCGAUGAUGAUAGAAACAUCCAUACCAACAGACAGAAUUCUAUUUGCUCAAUUACACACAAUUGAAACAUGGUUAUCAUCAAUCACAUCUAAACCGAUUACACGUGGUUAUUAUUGGUCAGCACCGAAGCAAUAUUUAGGCAAUCAAAUUACAGCAUAUCGUGAUACACUGAAUGUGAUAUUACGUUUUAAUUCACCAACAAUGCUUGCUUAUCGUCCAUCAUCUGUAGGUAGCAGUAGUAGUAGACAAUAUUCCACUAGUAGAUCAAUGGCUAUGAUUGAUCAUUUAAAUUAUAUGUGGUUACAUGAACCAGAUAUUGUGAUUGAAGGUAAUGGUUAUCGUCUAGUUCAUAUACUCCCGCCAACUUAUCGUGAAACGCAUAUGAUAUUAAAUAUACCUCUUGUUGAAUCAUCAUUUCGUGUGAUUAUUGAACCGCCAACUUCUAUACCAUUAGAUCGUUUCCCAAUCAACUGGUUACAAGGUGAUCAUCAUCGUCGUCAACAACAGCCGCAACAGCUGUCACAACAACAGCAAUUUGAUGAGUCAACAUUUGAACAAGUCGGUCGGCCAGCUACAAUCACUGAUCUCAUGAAUGUACUGUCGAGUAUUGAUCGAUUAUUGAUUAAAGUGAAAUAUAUCACUGAUCAAACAACUAUUGAAUUAAUGUCUGUGACACUUGGUCGACCAAUCAUACAUGAUAUAAUGAAUGGUUUAUCAACUAUUGAAGAAUGUAUUUGUCCAAUUGGUUAUGCUGGGCUAUCAUGUGAAUCAUGUUCCAUUGGUUAUUAUCGUCAUUAUCAACAUCAACCAAUGAAUCAAUCUGUUUUCUCGCCAUCAUCGUCAACAUCAACAUCAGCGACAACUUUAUCAAUAUGGCAUAAUAAAAUGUUCAUGACACGACAAUUAUUCGUGUGUAAAUCAUGUGAAUGUCAUGGACAUUCAACGGAGUGUGAUGAAAAAACAGGUGUUUGUAUUAAUUGUCUUCAUAAUACUGCCGGUGAUCGAUGUGAUCAAUGUGCACCAGGAUUUUAUGGUGAUCCAAGCAAUGGUGAUCCAACAGCAUGUCAAUCAUGUGAAUGUCCACUAUUGAAUAAUCAAAUGACUACAGUUUGUACAGCACAUAACGAUAAAGAAUUAUUGAAUGAAGAGAAACCUUAUGUUUGUUUAGAUUGUACAGAGAAUACUCGUGGACGUUAUUGUGAAGUAUGCGCUGAAAUGUAUUUUGGUGACCCGUUGAAUGGUAUACCAUGUCAACCAUGUAAUUGUGGUCCAACAGCUAUUGGAUGCAAUGCAACAAAUGGUGCGUGUCUAUGUGGAUUCAAUACAAUUGGACCACAAUGUGAUGUAUGCGCUGAAGGAACACAUGGUGAUCCGACUAGAGGACAACCAUGUAGACCAUGUAAUUGUCAUCCAAAAGGCAGUCUAUCACCAUCAUGUCGACUUGAAGAUGGUCAAUGUAGUUGUUUGCCCACCUAUGAAGGUAUUCGAUGUGAUCAGUGUAUCGCUGGUCGUGGUAAUACAGAAGCUGGUUGUCCACCGUGUCAAUGUGAUCCAAUCGGUACCAGACCAGAGUAUUUAACUACAUGUGACCCGGUGACAGGACAAUGUUCAUGUAAGCCAGGUGUUGGUGGUACACGAGAUUGUUCAACAUGUCAAGUUGGUUUUUACAAUUUAGGUCCGAAUGGAUGUACAGAAUGCAAAUGUACUUCACGAGCAAUUGAUCGAACAUGUAAUCCAAUCACUGGUCAAUGUAAUUGUGGUGAAAAUGUUAUCGGAGAUACAUGUGACAAAUGUUUGCCUGGAUUUUAUUGGAAUGUAACUGGAUCCAAUUGUUUACCGUGUAAUUGUGGCAUUGGAACUGAAUUAACAAAAACAUUGAAUCAAUACACUGAAUGUGAUAUGAAUACUGGUCAGUGUAAAUGUACAGCACAUGUGAUUGGAAGAGAUUGUACAGAAUGUGAAUUAGGCUAUUUUGGUGUUUCUGAAUCAGGUUGUAAACCAUGUUUACCUUGUCCAAAUGGUCAAGUAUGUGAUCAAAUCACUGGGAAAUGUAUUUGUCCACCAAAUACUGAAGGUGAUCGAUGUGAUAAAUGUAUGCCUGGUUCAUGGGAUUAUAAUCCAGUGAUUGGUUGUAAAAAAUGUAAUUGUUCCAUAGAUGGUUCUGUUAUCGGUCUUGAUGACCAAUGUGAUUUGAUGACAGGUCAAUGUACAUGUAAAACAGAAUUUGCCGGUCGUGCAUGUAAUCAAUGCAGUAUAGGUUAUUAUGGUUAUCCUAAUUGUAGAAAAUGCAACUGUGAUAUGCGUGGUACUUUAUGGACAAAUUUAUCUAUCUCAGAUACAGUUGUACCAUGCAAUCCUAUUGAUGGGCAAUGUAAUUGUAAAGAAAAUGUUGAGAUCAUUUCAACUGAUGAUUCAAGAUAUCCAGGUGGACCAAUGAUUGAUUUAAAACUUGGUCUAAAAGAUACUGAUGUCAAUGAAUUAAUUAUUGGUUUAAGUCAAUUCAAUUGGCGUUUCUCUGUACAUCGACCAACUUAUUUAGAAAUACCCGAAUUGAAAGGUUCAUUAAUGCGUAAUUAUGGUAGUGUAGUGAUUGGUGUACUGACAGAAUGUUUGCCAACUGGUGAUUGUAAACUUGGCAUUGAAGAUUCACAAUUGAUUACUCAGCAUCAUCAAUAUUGGUCAAAUUUAUCUAACAAUUUAAUGAUACCAUCACGAAAUGAUAAUGUUGAUGCACGAAUCACAGCAUUGAAUGGUGAAAUUGAAUUGGAAUAUCAACAACCAUCGGAAAAUCUACCGACAUCCAUUGUUGAUGGUUAUCGUCAAAUAUGGCUUCGUGAACAAGAUUGGGUGUUGACACGUGUCAAUGGGAUUAGUACACGUGUUCGACCUACACGUAAUGAAUUAAUGUUGGCUUUAUUAAAUGUCACCUCAUUUAGUGUACGGUUAUUUAUGCCAGAAGCAAGACCAAAACUUGUAAGUGUAAAAUACAAAAUCUAUCAACCACGUGCAGAAAUCACCACUUUAUCUGGCAGUGAAAUUAAAACCAUUGAAAAAUGUGAAUGUCCACCAACUGCGUCGGGUGAUCAUUGUGAGAUUGCUUCAUCUGGUUUCUACUUUCCACCAAUAAAACCAAAACCUGGCAAUGAAAUAUUACCUCCAACUGAGAUCAUUGAUCCUACUGCUCCACCAGGACACAUAAUUUGGGAAGGUGGUGCACAAAAAUGUCGUUGUAAUGGUAUGUCCUCAAAUUGUGAUCCAAUCACUGGUAUCUGUUUGGAUUGUACUGGGAAUACAGAAGGUCUGGAUUGUGGAAAAUGUGCUGUAGGUUAUAUGGGUGAUCCGAAACUUGGACAACCUUGUGUUAAAUGUCAAUGUCCUACUGAACAAACUGAUUACGCAAUCACAUGUACACCAUCAACGGAUCCAACUUAUUUACCGCACCAAUGUACAUGUAAAUUAGGUUAUACUGGUCUACGUUGUGAACAAUGUUCCCCAGGUUAUUAUGGUGAUCCGACAAGUAUGAUAGCUUGUCAACCAUGUGAUUGUGAUCUGGGCGGUUCUAAAUCGGAAACAUGUAAUCAACAAACUGGACAAUGUGACUGCUGGCCAGGUAUUCAAGGACGUCGAUGUGAUCAAUGCGAAGAAGAUCAUGUCGUUGAUCAUGGAACAUGUCGUGAUUGUCGUGGACCAUGUACCGGUGAAUUAAUCAAUAAAGCCGAUUAUGUCAAAUUACAAAUAAACGAACUAAACAUUACAACAUUAGCUUAUCAAGGUUUAACUCGGUUGAGACAACAAAUUGAAAUGAAUCAAAAACGUUUCAGUACAACACGUCAACAAUUAGAACAUGAAAUUAUUGCACGUACUAAACAAUUAUCACGACAAUUUAAUGAACUCAAUCAAAAUUAUGAACGAAUUUUGGGGAAUUACAAAACAUUGGAUCAAUCCAAUUGUGAUCUAUUAAAACAAACCGAUGAGUUACGUGUACAAUCGGAAAUGAUCAAAGAUCAAUUAGAACGUUGGAUAAAUCGUUUAACAAAACAAGAAUUUGGUUUAGCUAGUACUGAGGUGGAAUUACAACAAUGGCAAGAAUAUGCACGUCAAAUUAAAAAUGAUUUAAUGAAUAUUAAUUUAAACGAUACAGAAUUAUGGUUAAAUGAUUUGGAAUGGCAAAUUCAAACAAACAUUGAACAAAUUGAAACAUUGAAACAAUUAAUGAAACAACAACAACAGAAAAUUAAAAAUGAUUUAAAUCAGUUGAAUAUUUAUCAAAUGAUACAACAAUAUUUAACAGAUUAUCAAACAAAUCAAGCUUAUCGUAUAAGUAAUGGUACAAAGUUAGCAAUGAAUGAGUUAGAAAUAGCAUUAAAUAAAGCAAACACUUUGAUUGAUACAGUGAAAACAACAACAAGUCUGACUACAUUACAAUUAUAUGACAAAGAAAUAAAAAAUUUAGAUGAAGAAUUAUUGAAACUUGAACAAUUGUUACCAGUGAAUCAAGAAGAACAAUUAUUUAGAAUUGAACAAUUGAACAAUCUUAUCCAACAAUUAAAUGAAAUCCAGCUACCAAAUAUUCAACACAUAUAUAUACCACCGGAAUUAUUGACACAGACAAUUGAACCAAUUGAACAAGAAUCCAAACGUAUCAUUGCUAGACUCACACCAUCGGGUCGAUUAAAUCAAACUUACUUGGCAUACAAUGCUUAUCAAUCGAUUAUUGACAAUGUGAAAUUAGCUGAGAAUGCAACUAAUGAUGCAGAGAAUGCCUUUUUAAAUAGUACCACAACUAUAGAUGGUCAACAGCUGUCAUGGCAAGAUCAAUUGAAGCAGGUCAUUGAUCAACGUGAUCAAAUUACGGAUGUGUUAAAUAAUCAAUCGAUUAUUUAUGGUUCACAUAAUGAAACGCUGAAUAUACUUGAUAAAGAAUUAGGCGAAACUGAGAAUGAUUUGAAUACAUUGGAUCAAAUUGCUGGGAAUAAUUUGAAAUUAACAAAAACUAUUGUGAAUAAAGUUGAUUCAAUACAACAAUUUUUAAAAGAUACCAAACCAUUAAUUCAAAAUGUUUCAAAUAAAUUAGACAUGCAAACAGAACGCUACAAUGCAUUGCAUGAUCGUUUACAAGAAAUGGAAAAUCGUUUUUCUCAAGUGCAAGGCACAGCGAAAACUUUAGUUGAUCGAGCCAAUACCAGUCAAUCUCAUUUAAUCAAAUCCAUAAAUGAAGCAGAAACCGCAGCAAGACAAUUAGAUUUGAAAUUAUUAAAUUUACGUCGUCUAACUGAUGAAGCACACUCAUUGUUGGAUGUCAUCUAUGGCACUGUAUCACAUGAUCCCAUUCCAUUACAAUUAGGUCAAGAUUGUGUGUACACGCUGGUACCGUAUAGUUUAACAAAAUCACGUGUAUUCGAUAUUGAAUUUUGGUUCAGUUUGAACAGUUUACCAAAUAAUAAUAAUCAGUUAUUGAGUAUAAGCAGUGUUUUAAUGGUUGGACGUAGAGCAUUUGAAGGUCAUACACAAAUGUUUGCAUUGACUAUUGAAGCUCCAGAGGCCAAAUUACGUUUUUCAUGGAAUACACCGAAUGGUCUCCUAGAAUUAGGUCCAGUUCAUACGAACACAUGGUAUCAUGUACGUGUUACAUCAGUAGGCGGUGAAACAAAAAUGAUACUCAUGGAACGACCAUAUCAAGAUCAAGGGGAUGUGAUACCGAAAAUCCAGCAGAUCACUACAACCAAUGGUACACUUGAUCAAGAAGCGAAUUUGAUUAUGGACAGGCAAAUGGAAUUACGUAUUGGUGGUGUAUUCCAGUCAAGUAGUCGUUUAAGUAAUCCGGAAGCAUGGGGUGAUAAUGGUGCAGAGGAAUUUUGGUCAAGACUUAUGUCAAUGGAAUCAAUGAAAUUUUGUAUGUUUAAUUUAAGAUUAAGUGGUUUGCCAAUGAGUUUAGUGAAUUUCGCUGAUGUGAAUUUAGAAUGUUCCAAACCGAAAGAAUAUCAAUGUCAGUUUGGUAAAAAUCGUCGUUACGUUCGAAAUGGUUAUAUCUGGGAGAAACAAGGUGAACUAGAUCAAUUAACUAAUGUUGCACGUCCAUCACAAUCACUUGAUCCCUCGUUAUCAUUGACACGAAUGUUUUUCUAUGAUUUCAAUGGAGCUGGUGGUUAUGCCCGAUUGAAAUCAAUUAAUAAUUUAGAUUUUUGCAAAGAUCAAUUCGAUUUUCAAUUGACACCAUUGAAAGAAUAUCAACGAUCGAAUAUGACAGUGAUGACAUUUUUAAAUUAUGAUAAAGAUUACGGCAUCACCAUCGAAUUGGUUAAUGGUCGACCUGAAGCACAUUAUUGGUAUGGUCGUGAAUUAUAUCGGCUAGACACUAAUAGACAACAGCAACAACAACAUGAUGGUGAUAAUGAUCUUAAUAUUGACCGAAUAAAACGGAAUCGUUUUAAACGAUUCAAUAAUUAUCAACCACGUUGGCGACGUCAAUCAACUACUAUUAGUCAUAAUGGUUAUACAGAAGAGAAACGACGUUUACAAUUAAAUCUUCUUGAUUCAUCUAUGCGUAUAUUACGAUUAGAUAAUUUUAUGACAACCGAUUGUAAUGAUGAUAUGAUAAUGUUCCUUGGUGGUAUACCACCUGAUCAUUAUCAUUUACGUAAACGAAUGCAAAAUCUCGGUUUCUCACUGACACCAUUUGCUGGUCGUAUUGGUUUUACAAAUGGUAAAUUAAGUCAAUCUGGUGAAGUUUAUCUAGCUGAUUAUGCAAUUACAUCAGUUCAUCAAUUUGGGGAUACACAAUUUACUGAUUCAAGACAACUUGGUGAAAUUCGAGUUAUUGAAAAUACCAGUCCAAAAUAUCAAUAUUGUUUACAUUUAACACCGCAUCAUUUAUACACAGCGUCAGAAUUGAAAGAACCACAAAAUUAUGCGCCGUUCGAACCUGGUAUCAGUAUGACAGUACGAUUUAACCCGUUGAUUAAACCAACCAAUGAUGUUGACUUGUUGAUUAUUCAACCAGGACAUGCAGAAUGGAUACGUAUAUUCCUUACGAAAGAUUAUCGUUUAGGGAUUGUUCUACCAGGUGUUACUAAAACACUAUACACACGUACAUCAUUAAUAUCACGUGCUUUGAAUGAUCCUUAUGCGAAUUUAUUGAAUUUAGAAUUAGCGGAAUAUUUGAAUUUAACGCAAACUUUACCAGUAUGGAAUAAUUUAUUGAAACAAAUUACACCGCCAACAACAACCACACAACCAUUGAUAACAUUGAAUAAUAUUGAAUCAAAUCAAAAAUAUGAUGCGAAUUUAAAACAGUCUGAUAUUGAAAUAGUAGUGACAUUAUAUUUUGGUAAAAUUGACACGGAACAAUUAAUUGUACUAUUUGAUCAACAUAUUGUACAAACAUGGACAAUACCGAAACAACCAAAUAUUAAAACAAUCAGGCAAAUUUAUAUUGGACCACAAUUAAUGCCAACUUAUUCAAUAAGAAUACAGUAUUUAAUUAUUGGUAAACACCUUGUAGAUUUUGCAACUGAAUUAGUUAGUAAAGAUAAUUCAUAUGGUAGUCAAGUUGGAUUAUGCGGUGGACAAUUAUAUCCACGAUUUACAGAACGUCGAGGUUUAGCUGGAUUAGUGACAAGUAAACUACAAGGAUUGGAAUUAACAGCACCACCAAGUGGACGACAAUUAAUAUUUACACCCUUUGAUGAAAUUAUGUCAAAACUUAUUAUUCCCGGUGUCAAUUAUGAUGAACAGAUGAUGUUAGAAAAUAUACGUACAGGUGAUGGAAAAAUUCGUAAAAAGAAUGAUUGUACUGAAAAUGCUGAAAAUACAGCUUGGUUUGAUCAAUAUCCUGAUUCCUAUUGGGAAAUUAGUAAUAUUGGUACAAUUGUACAACAACAAACUGCACCAUUUGAAUUUACAAUCGGUUUUCGUGCACAAUUAGCUAACACAGCACUAAUUGGUGAACAGACUAUUACAUCAUCUUCAAAUAAUAUGGAAGAAAUUGAUGAACAAGUUUACAGUUUACUAGCUACAUUUAAUUUUGGUCCAGACAAUGGAAAUCUAUAUGUGGUUUUAUCAAAAAAUCAAAUUUUUCUUUAUGCUGAUCAAAAAAAACUUUUAUGGUCAAGUCCAUUGAUUACUAUCACUGAUACAACAUGGCAUCGAUUGAAAUUAAUCUUUCAGUCGGUUGAUUCAAUUGAAGAACAAAAUGGUCCAGGUGUUGAGAAUGGAAUACAAUUAUUAUUUGAUCAUCGUCAUUUUUGGCUACCACCUGUGGAAAUAUACAAUUUACCGUUGGUUGUAUUUAUUGGAGGAAUACCUAGGUCGCUUAGUUUACAAUUACAAGAAAAUGGUCAACUUUCAAAUAUUUAUGGUCUGUUCGGAUGUAUCGAUGAAUUAAUCUUUAAUAAUGUUAGUUUAUCUUUACGGACUAGUAAUCGACCAAUUUGUUAUGAUUGUUUCAGUUUAAAUCCAACUAUUGUUCAUAUUCCUGAAAGUAUUGAUCAAUAUUUAAAGUAUAGUCUGAUCAAAUUACAGAUACCAGAAAUGUUUACUCAAUUCGGACAUGAUAAACUGACAUUUGAUUUUAGUUUCUUUUAUGAUCGUAAUACAAUUAAACAAGCUAGUUUAUUUGUAUUGACAUUUGGUGGAACAGUUGAAUUGCAAAGUGAAGAUAUUCAUUUAUGGUUAUUCCUUUCAAAUAAUGAAGUGAAAAUGGGUUAUUACACUGAAUCCAAUGACGGCGAGUUGGAAUUAAAUCAUGAAGUGAAUCUAGCCAAUAUUGGACAUAAUCAAAAUAUAUGGCAUUAUAUUAAAUUAGAUAUUACAUUUAUCAAUCAGAAUCCAUUAUUCUUAUUGAAAUCACAAACAUCAAUUAGUGAUACAUUGGCACCAUUUAUCAAAGCAAAUCGAUUAAAAUCAAUACAUCUUGGACGAAAUACUGUUUUAACAUCAGACAUCAUGAAAAAAUCCGCUUACAAUUAUCAAGGUGAAAUGUUUCGUGGUUGUAUGCGUAGUUUACAUUUGUCAACAUCAAAAGAAAUACGUAAUAUUAAUUUACCAGAAGAUUUACCAGGAUUUUUAUAUGGCCUUUGUCAUACUUCAUUAGUUUGGUAA